CGUUCAGUCAGUUAACUCGAUGUUCAGAGUGAAGUGACACGGUACUCGCGAUCCUUCCUUGAUUAGCCUAGCCCUCGCUUCACAGCACCGCUGUCGCGCCGUGGGAAUAAUAUUUUAUUUUUAAGAUCUAAAAGAGGGCUUAAGUUUCCUCGGUUUCCAGAGGCAUAAUUCAAAGUUAUUGAGGGACAUCAUGCACUGAAAAGCGAUAUUGAGUUCAAGACGAUUACGACCUGCAUUUCCUUUGGAAGUGACGAACUCGUACUGAGCCCUCUCUUCUAGACGGGACGAUGAGUACCCGACGUCAGCUCUCCUGGCGGGCACGCCGGGAGAGCCAGCGGCUGAAGGAGGGGUCGCGCAGAGCGGCCGUCAACUGCUGGGGAGACUUCACCAACCCGAGGCUUGUCCCUAUCAAGGUGGUCUUCUUUAUCAUCAUGGGAGCAACUCAGUGCAUAGCCCCUUUCACCACGCCGCUGAUGCGCGCCCUCGGAUUGAACCUGCAGGAGGUGGGUCUCAUCUUCACGAUCGGUCCUCUCAUUCCGGUCUUCGCUCCCCUGCUGGCCGGACUUAUCGCCGAUAAGCUGGGGAAUUUCCGGGGGGUUCUAGUUUUCACUGUGGCUAUGAGCGGACUGGUGGCCCUUAUCAACGUCACGAUUCCACCUGCAAGGACCAACCCCACGUACUCCGAUACGUUAACCUUGGGUCUAAUGUGUGAGGGAGAAGACUUCAUUCUCACACCCCCAAAACCCAAGAAAGAAGAAGACAGGUGCGUCUUCUAUAACGGGACGUUGACGGCACCAAUGAUCGAAGCCGAAAACUGCGGCUACAUUUGUCCGGAGCCUGUCGUGGAAUACCCUCCUCUUUUGUUCAAGAAGGUCAAGAAGGCGAAGAUUGUCGCCACGGUCAAUUCGACCUUGUACCACCUUUGCGAUGUACAAGAUGGCAAGAAGAGCAGCCGCUUCGUCCAGAAAUGCUUCCGGAUGAAUCUCAAUAAGUCUAUGGCGCACGAAGAUUUGCCCAAGAAUUUCAGCCUGCACAACGUGGACAUGCGUCUAGAGGAGGUCGCCAACAAGAAGCCCCAUUUCGUCCUGAUCAGCGCCCCGAUGGACGCCAAGUACGGCCAGAAGCUACACUGCGUCACGGGCGAGGUGCCCAAGAAGAUAUUCGUCCCGAAACUCGUCGUAUCCGAGCAGAGUUUCGACGCCGAAGAAGGGGGCAAGUUGGUGAAGUGCAUCUUCCACUGCAGCGUCGAAGUCCCGCACAACCUGACCUGUCAGAGCCGGCCGCUGAGCAUCGAGCACGACGUUGCUCUCAGCUUCUGGCUCUUCGUGAGUGUCAAGCUGGUCAUGAAGUUCCUCAUCGGGCUCUCCUACACGCUCUUCGAAGUGGCUGUGGUCGCCAUCCUGAAGGAGUUCGGCCACGACUACGGGCUGCAGAGGAUCUACGGCUCGGUCGGGGGGAUGGUCUUCGCCCCUCUGUCCGGCUUCUUCAUUGACUUGUUUGGCGACGGCGAACACUACACAGAUUACUACGUGAUCUUCAUCUUCUAUUGCGCCCUGAAGAUCUUAUGCUCACUGAUGCUGGUGAAGCUUGACCUGAGGUUCAAGGUGCCGGCGAGGAGCAUUUGUGAGAAUAUCGGUAACAUUUUCACCAACUUCGAAGUGGUGCUUCUCAUCAUGGUGGUCUUUGUGUCCGGCAUGUGCUACGGCUUCAUCGAGAACUUCCUGCCGUGGCUGCUGCGGGACCUGGAGGCCACGAACUGGUUCAUCGGCAUCCUGACGACCAUCGCCUCCGUCUCGGCAAUUCCCUUCCUGGCUCUGUCGGGCGGCAUCUGCAAGAAGUUCGGCAACAUCCAAUCCAUCGCCUUCGGCCUCGUCUGUUACUCCAUCAGGUGUAUUGGCUAUUCGAUGCUGAAGGAGUACUACUGGUGUAUGCCCUUCGAGGUCCUUGAGGGCGUGACAACGGGGCUCCUAGUGGCGGCAGCCAUCACCUACGGCGCUCAGUUGUCCUCGAAGUCCAAUGUGGCGACUCUUCAAGGAAUCCUGGCCACGUUCCACUAUGGAUUAGGCAAGAGCGCCGGCAGCCUUCUGGGAGGCUACCUCAUGGCGUGGCUGGGAGCGCCCUUCUCCUUCCAGAUAUUCAGCGGCAUAGCCUUCACCACAGGGUUCACGUACUACCUAAUCGGGAAGCUGGUCAUCCUACCGCGCCACGCCAAAAGACUCAAGAGGAAACGGGAGAUCAUGGCAAUGCCCGUGGAGACGAUUUCAAAAGAGGAGCACAAGAGAAUGACCCAGUUGGCUUACUCGCCGCCAUUUACAAAAGGGACGCUGCACAACAAGAAGGAGAGGAAGAGGGAAGUCUCCCCGAACAAGAGCACAGAAAGUGCGCAGAUUCACUCCAUGGAAAAUGACGUUAUGGAUGAGACUCAGAUGACCGAGUUGCCUCCUGACGAUACAAUGGUGUCUCUCAAUAGUGAAUGCGCAGAAACUGAGAAAAAAGACAAUAAGGAGUAGAUACGUGGGGUGAGAUAUCGCGUUAGAAUGAGAGUACCUAGAACAGAGUAUAAACUGUGUGUGAUGGUCAUGCAUGUACUUUAGCAAGGUAUCUUAUGGCUGUCAGUCGUGCUGUCACCUUGUGUAAGUCUCAAGCAACUGCUUUCUUUACAACGGGGCUGCCUUCUGUCUCUGGGAGAUGUUUAAACCAAGUGUCUCCCAUUAUCCAGUUACCAUCAGAAGUCAAUCGUUCUCAUUUUUAAUCCUUUUUUAGUAUAGUUUCUGGUUUGAAUCUGUGAUGCAAAAUUCUGCAGUCCCUGCGGAGAUUGUUCAAGGUAAGAGGCUCGGGAAGUUGUUUGAGGUUCUUGUUCAUGCUUAGAAUCAGUGGAGUUCACCUUGUUUGUGAUUAGCUUCUUUUCUGAGGGUCCAUUGCAAUUCUCGUUUAUGCUGAGCUGGAAUUAAUCUGUUCUGUUUCACUUACCAUGUUUUAGUUAAGGGUGACGCUCAGGUGACAGUCUUGCAGAUGAGAUCUCUUGAAAAGGAAAGAAAGUAAAGACAAAAGAUUUCAGGAAUGGGCUGAUCAUGUAGAAUUUUUCUUUUGCCAUCUAAGUCAUUCUUUGUGACUUACAGUUAACGAUGAGACAUUAUGAUUACAUAAGCGUAAAUAAAUUGUCAGUUGUGUGGUCAAGAUUUCGCAGUCCAUAAACUUGGAUUUCAUACAAACAGUGCCAAUGGCCGUGCAUCACAAAAUGCUUGAAGCAGCAUUCGUUCACUUUAUUUGUAACAAUAAAAUCUAUUGGAUGCAUUUAAGAUAAAUAGUUGUUCAUUUACGAAACACAUAGACUAUAUAUAUUACAUUUCGUUCAGAACUACGAGGCCUUAUAUUAGAUUUAGCUGCUUUCUACAUCACCCCGAGAGGACGUCAAUAUAUCCUCGGUACGUCCGUGAAUUCCGUUACUCUUCUGCGCAGCCGCACUCUGCUAGAAGAGGCAGUUUGAAAUUAGGUUAUAGUAUUUACCAUUACGAUCAUGCAACACCCUUCUCGUGCAGUCUUUAUGGUUAUCUGUUAUCAAUAUACAAUGCAAAUAAGGAUCGAUCGCGGGCAUCCUAGGUAAACUGAAGAUUACGCAUUUGUCAUUUAAAGCUGCUGUGACCGUCUAGACCGUGGACUGUCCGGAAGUAAGGUCUCGAGGUAAGAAUUUGCUAUCCAGAUUCAUCUUACCUCUAAAAGAGGUGUUGCCGCCUAAAAGGGGACUGUGGUUAGUUCAAGGCAACACCAGUCUCUAUGGGGACAUAGAUCUUCCACUGGCAUGGAUGUGAUAGGUCGUGCUGCGAUGAUUUUUGGUUUGGAGGAAGGACAAAGACAAACAUUGGCUCGUGGUCCGGCGAACAUGUAGCACGACCGCAGUGAAUAAUUAACCCAGUGGAGAAACUGACCAUUAUAUUUAAAAAGGGCUCAUGCCUCAAAAUCAUUCUAGUAAAGUCUAAAUAUGCUUCCAUUAAUAGAUGGUUUUCGAAGCGGGGUGCUAGCACCAAUAGGGGUUGCGAGAACGUUUUGUUAGGGGUGUCGGAACGCAUUAAUCAAACACUUCUGAUUUGUUCGAUUGGAAAAAAAUUUAUGAUUUCAUCACUUGUGUGAUGUAAUUGGCCUUAUAAAUUGCAAUGGAACGGGGAAGGAGAAGUGUGCAUAUUUAACGGGUGCUGUGCAAAGGGAGUCAGAACGGAAAAGGAGAGAAUCACCUUGCAUAUCGUAAACUUCUUGGAAAGCCAAGGCAAAUGGAUUAGAUUAGAUUUCCGCUUUUCAAGUUAACUGACAUAGUCAAUGGAAAGGUGAAGACUUACUCAAAUAGUUUUUCCUGUUCUGCUCUGAGAUUUUUAAAAAUUAGAAUAUAAAAUUAGAAUCAAUCUAAUUUUACUAUCGAGAUGAAACUAAACCAUGCUGAAGUCUGGUGAACGGCGAUUAUAUCAAAAUUUGCCGAUUUGAAUAGUCGUACCAAAAGCCAGUUUGCGUUGGAUUGUCCGAACAAAAGACAAUGGUAUGUAGAACGCCAUAUUUAAAAAAUCUAGAUUUAACUUCCGACCGUUUCAUGCUAAUGAGAAAUGUAUUGUAACUUGCAUGUGAUGAAAGCAGUUGAAUACAAAUCUAAUUAGAGUACGCAUUUUCACAGUGUUGAAGAUAGAAAAUUUCAGUGGACAACAUAUUUUGUCCUUUUUCAUAGAUUAUAUGAGUGCAUAAGAAUUAGUCUUUUUUUUCAGUUGUAAACCUUAAAAUAAAGCAAGGGAACAUUCCCACAAGCAGCUUUUCGUUUUUAAUUAUAUGUUCAGUUCCAUGAGACGUCUACUACUAUACUCAUGAAAACAGCGUAAAAGGACACUAUGUAAAACGAGUAGGCUGUUGCUCUAUUAAUUAAAAUCAAAUAAAUCGCAUUUGCAAUACACUCUUAUCAAAGAAUGUCAGGGCGCAACUUGGAGUGCCCCGGCUCUUGUCAUAUUCGUAACAAAACUGACCACUGUAAUUUUAGAAUUACAUUUUCCUUAUCAAAAGACAAAAUGUAGCUUAAUCAUUUGUUGAUGAAUUUAUCCUUUUAAGAAGUAUUACGAAAUGUUUUUUAGAAAAACGAUACAUCUAAGAAAACCUCUUCUAUGGGAUAAGUGGCUUUACUCGACUUUCGUAAUAUGUCUGUAUUCUUAUAGUAUGUCUUACAUGAAGCAAAAACAAAAAUAGAAGAAUACAGUGAUUUUACACACUGUAGCCCUCAAAAUAAAGAAUUCAUCCGUGUAUCAGUGAGUUUGAAUGGGAAUAGACUGUGCUUCAAUUCAGGCCAUAAAUAUUUUUCUCUGAAAGUCUGGACUGAAUGCAAAAAGGAUAGACCAAGAAGAGAAUUGAAAUCAUUUAUUAUUGCAAGCAAAUAGAAAUGUUAUGUAGGUGUAAUGAAGUGGAUGAGUUUUGACAUAGCAAGGUCAGAAUUUAUCAUUACGAACGAAACGAGAAUAAAUUACUGUGUGAA